CCUGCCCACCUGCUGCACACCAUGCGCUUCAUCUCUCAUCUUCAUCCUCAUCUGCAUCUCUCAUCUCUCACCUUUGCAAUGAGCUCUUGUUAUAUCGCUCAGCAGGGUGCAGGUCUUUUGAUCUGUUAAGAAUUCUUUCUUUUGCUUGUUCUUUAUACCCCCUCUAUUAUAGACUGCACCCUCAGCGUCUCUUCCUUCAUCGCGCUUUGUCUGGAUUUCACUCUUUAACUACAGUAAUACCCCAUAGACAAGCAUUGCAGAUUCGGUUCUACUCAAAUCACUUUCACUACCGUCAUUUAAUCCUAAUAUAUCGAGGUUCUGGUACUCCAAAGUCUCCGUCAUAGCAAUUGACCCCUCUCAUGGUUUUGUCAAUAUUGCGACGAACAUAGAUCCCCUCUAGGAUCAUGCAUCUCUUACAAUGUCUUCUUUCGACCAUUUCUCUCGCCUCCACAGUUACAGCCUUUGUUCCUUAUUCAUUUAAUCUCGAGGUCUCGACCGACGAGUCUGCCAGCAAUGAUGUUGCCCGCCGUUUCGUGCCAUGGAAAUUACUGCCGGACGACUCAGACAACAAUCCCGGGUCCUCUUCAGAGGGUGUCUCUUUAACCCUGGACCUCAAAAAGUUUCCUGUCCGCCGUGAUAACAAUUACAAAGUUGUCUUGGCAGAAGAACCUACAACACCCAACACUGCCGCUCUUAACCAGGAGGGCCUCGAUUACUCUUACUUUGCUACGGUCAGGGUCGGCUCUCAAGACCAGCAGAUGUGGAUGGUUCUGGAUACGGGGGGACCGAAUACUUGGGUCUUUGGCUCAGACUGCACGACUGAGGCCUGUCAGCGACACGAAACGUUCGGCGAAGCUGCUUCAAAGACUCUCAAGUUAUUACCGCUCAACUGGGCUGUCGGGUAUGGGACAGGAUUGGUCAGCGGCGUCCUUGGGACAGACAGUCUCUCACUUGCUGGUUUAGAUGUAAAUAUGACGUUUGGCUUGGCCAAAAAUGCUUCCACCGAUUUCGAAUCGUAUCCCGUGGAUGGUAUUCUGGGCUUGGGACGAUCGGCUAAUAGCAAUUUCAACACUCCGUCGUUCAUGGAAUCCGUCGCGGCGCAACGCCUUCUCAAAUCGAAUAUCAUCGGGUUCAGCUUCUCUCGCAACGCGGACGGUGCCAGAGAUGGAGCGGCGAAUUUUGGCGAUGUAGAUACGACCAGGUUCACGGGCGAUAUCGUCUACACGAACACAACUGGAGACAGCAAUAACUGGAGGAUACCCUUGGACGAUGCCAGUGUGAAUGGUACACCUUGUCGUUUUGCCAAUAAGACCGCCGUCAUCGACACUGGCACAUCGUACGCCAUGCUUCCCCCGAAAGACGCCACAGUGUUGCACAAUCUCAUUCCGGGCGCUGUCACGACCUCACAGGGGCAGAAUUUCACCCUGCCGUGCAACUCGACGGCAGUGGUGCAAGUGAGCUUCUCGGGCCUUAGCUACAACAUCUCCCCCAAGGAUUACGUCGGACCAGCAUACGGUUCGGCCUGCUUGUCCACUAUUGUGGGACAAGCCUUGUACGGAGACGACGUGUGGCUCUUGGGCGAUGUGUUCUUGAAGAACGUCUAUUCUGUGUUCGACUAUGACAAUCAUCGGAUUGGCUUCGCAAAUCGUUCUGUUCCUAUUACCUCACCAACCACUACGGUCGCUACAGCCGCAAACCCUUCUGCGACAGACGGAGCUGGGUCGACUUUGACUGGCUCCAUAGCAGUCCAUACUGGGAGUGCGUCUAUUGUAUCCCGAUUUGUCCACUGGCCCUUUGUGUCCGCACUUCUUUGCAUGGUGUUGGUGUAGCCAAGCUCCACCACACCCAAUAUGCUUUUUUCGAUACCAGCUUAUAUACCUUUCAUCAUUCUAUACAUUGCCAUAUUACUGGCUACGCCUUGAUGGGUCUUUUAUUACUUACCCAGCGUAAGCAUGACUGCAGAUUCUCUUGAACGCUUUUUCGAAGGGGUACUUCGAUAAAGCUAUAACACAUACUGUCUUUUUAAUCCAGACGUUUUACUGAUGGCAUGAGUGGUUCCUAGAGUACGAUCUGUAAUAUAGCAGAUGACAUUACCAGAGUCUCCCAGUGUCUGAACUGCGAAUGAGCUCUAUGUACAUGCAUUUUCCAAUAAUGGUCUCCAAAUUUUGAACGCACGUAUAGACAAAACAUAUCAG